GGCCACACAACCCUGGACACUCAGGAGGCUGGAGCUGGGGGCCCGCUGGUAGUCACCCGAACAUCGGUGGCCUCCGCUCCCAUUGGCCGAGAUGAUGAGAGCAAGAUGAGCCAGGAGAAGAAAAAGAAGCCCAGUGGGAUCAUGCUGGUCAAAAGGAUCCUCAUGAAAGAGGGGGGCACGCACCAAGGCAUCGGAAGACCAAGCGUAUAUCAUGCUGUGGUAGUCAUCUUCUUGGAGUUCUUUGCCUGGGGCUUGUUGACAACACCCAUGCUAGUUGUGUUACAUGAAACCUUUCCCCAGCAUACGUUUUUAAUGAAUGGACUAAUUCAAGGUGUAAAGGGCUUCUUAUCAUUUAUGUGUGCUCCGCUAAUAGGUGCUUUAUCAGAUGUUUAUGGAAGAAAGUCUUUCCUUCUGCUGACUGUUUUCUUUACUUGCUUCCCAAUCCCCUUAAUGAGGAUAAGUCCUUGGUGGUACUUUGCUAUGAUCUCUGUAUCCGGUGCAUUCUCUGUUACUUUCUCAGUAAUUUUUGCCUAUGUUGCAGACAUCACUCAAGAACAUGAACGGAGCACUGCUUAUGGCCUGGUAUCUGCUACAUUUGCAGCAAGUUUAGUGACCAGUCCAGCAAUUGGGGCCUACAUCUCUGAAUUUUAUGGUGACAACCUUGUGGUCCUUGUAGCCACAGUUGUGGCACUCUUAGAUAUUUGUUUCAUCUUGCUAGCUGUGCCAGAAUCUCUUCGUGAGAAAAUGAGACCAACAACUUGGGGAGCGCCUAUCUCGUGGGAACAAGCUGACCCAUUUGCUUCUCUGAAAAAAAUUGGAAAAGACACUACAGUUCUUCUAAUUUGUAUAACAGUAUUCUUGUCCUACUUGCCAGAAGCAGGGCAGUAUUCCAGCUUUUUUCUCUAUCUAAGACAGAUCAUUGGCUUUAAUUCAGGUAGUAUUGCAGCAUUCAUUGCAGUUGUGGGAAUUCUCUCCAUUGUAGCCCAGACUGUAUUGCUGAGUAUACUAAUGCGGUCAAUUGGAAAUAAGAAUACUGUACUCCUUGGCCUAGGUUUUCAAAUGUUCCAGUUGGCUUGGUAUGGAUUUGGCUCACAACCUUGGAUGAUGUGGGCUGCUGGAGCUGUUGCAGCAAUGUCAAGUAUCACAUUCCCUGCAGUGAGUGCCCUUAUUUCACGUAAUGCUGAAUCAGAUCAACAAGGUGUUGCUCAAGGUAUGGUAACUGGUAUUCGAGGACUAUGCAAUGGUCUGGGUCCAGCGCUGUAUGGAUUUGUCUUUUUCCUCUUUCAUGUGGAGCUUAAUGGAAUAGUACCAGUGCCUAGUUCAGACAAACCUGAAAAUGAUCUAAGUGAUUCUACAUCGGUUAUCCCUGGUCCCCCAUUCUUAUUUGGUGCGUGUGCUGUUCUUCUCGCCUUCUUGGUUGCCUUAUUCAUACCUGAACACAGCAGCCAUUCAUCCAAAAAUACUAGCGGUGGGAAGCACAGCAGCAUGAUUAGCAGUACUCAAACUAGUAAUUCGGGUCGAGGGAGUGAUGAGGAUAUAGAACCCCUGUUGCAGGACAGCAGCGUGUGAACAUUGUUUUUUUUCUUGUUUGCAAAAGUUCCAUGAAGUGAAAACUAAAAGAAUGUACCAGGCUCAGUUACAGAAAAUGCUAAAGUAAUUUUUUUUUUUUUUUUAAACUGGAUCCAUUUUUAAAUGGAGACUGGCAUUAUUUUUGUCUUCAUUCUUGUAUAAAAUACCAGUUUACUACCAAUGCGGUGAAUAGGAGCUUGCAUGGGUAGCCAAAAUCUCCAGCAGGUCAAGCAGCUAAAGGUUUGAGAUUUGAAAUUUUUUUUUUUUUUUUAAUCUUGGUUUGGUCUAUUUUUGCUACCUCAGACCAUGUCAUUGCAUUAUAUUUUGUCUGGUGAAGAAAACUAGAUGUUGCAGUGACAGAAUAUCAGUCUCAGAAGGGUACCAUAUGCAAAAUGAGCCGGUGUUGACUACACCUUUCAGUGCCUGCAUUCAGAUUUUUAGUAGAAAGAUGGGUUAAAGACUUGGUACUGUCUUUCUUGCUGCUCAGUUUGAGGAACUGUCUUCUGCAGAAACCAUUCCUGUGAUUAAAAUACAACUAAGAAUUUCCAAACCAAAAUCAUCAGACAUCCAGCUUAUCUUUAGUCUGCAUUAAUGGAAGCAGCAAGUCAUUUUUUAUUAAUGCUGAUGCCACUAUUUAGCAAAGAAAGCUCGGUAACUAAUAUAUUAUUUUUUAGUGAUAGAGUAUGCCAUAUACAUCAGUUUUCCAUUCUCCCUCUGAACACCAUCCAUCCAUGUGCCUCCAGCCUCCUUUGUUAGGAUAAUAGCCCUGCAUUUGAGAAGAAUAGCGCAUGACUCUGAAACUACUCGGUGUGCAUGCAAGACUGCCAGACUGGGUGCAUGUAGGAUUUCACUGGCAGGGAAGGGCACAUAAUGAAACGUUAAUAGACUGUGUAGCCGCAACCAAAAUCUAACAUGCAUUGGGCUGCUGUAAAGAUCUGCACUGGUUUGAUUCAUUGGUCUUACAACCUGCAUAUAUCUGCCUGUUGGUGAUCAUUACCUGCAUUACCUAUGCACCAGUGGCUCAAUCCAAAACCAGCUUUUUUUUCCACAUGUCAUCAGGGAGGUAGAGGAGAAAAAAAGAAGAGGAUAGGCCUCAGUAUUGGAAAGCUAGAGCUGGAUACAUUGACCGAUAUGACCUUAAAUAUAUGAAACCUAACCCACACUCUGCAUCAGCAGUUAUGAAAACAUUGCCAGUCUUACUUCUGCACGAGAAAGUUAAGCAACCUACCGAACUGACAAAUGUUACAUGGCUCCAAAAACAUUCUUCAUUUAUUAUCAUAGGUGCAGGUUUGCUUUAGUACCAAGCCCCAAUAACCAGUCAAAUAUUUGCUUUCAUAAUUCUAACUGUGCUAGUCUGAUGAAAGCAAAUGUUUGAUUCUUAUGGGUUCCUGCACAUAUGCAGAGUUAAAUGCAAGUCAGUUAAAAAGGGUUACUGAGCACAGGGCAUUUCACAGCACUUCUUGUGCUUUACAGGAAGAAAAAAAUGGUUACUAUGUUUGUUUUUUAUAGGUACCAAAAACAGCAAAAUGCUUGGCAAGCCAGCUAGCAUCGACUCACGUCUCUCAGCGAAGGCAUAAAUGCUGUAGCAUAUCCCCAACAGCUCUUGCUGCUCACUGGUAAAGCAGUGGGUUCCAAGUCACUAACCCCUGGCCACAGCCAGUGCUGCCUGGCUUAGCUUUAGGCUAGUGGCACACAGGACUGGUUUUCCACCCAUGUAGAAACAAACACACACAGAAAAGUUAAUGUGCUUCCAUUCUCUCACAGCUGGAUUACAGCACAAAAAACAUAAUUAUAUACAUUUUCACACCAAUAUCUGCUACCUGUGAAUUCACAGGCUGAUGCAGUAUCCUUGAGUGCCCUUCUAUGCAGGUGGAGAAACUGCUCUAUGUGCCACUAGCCUUACACCCAUAUGUAGUAUAAGGCCCAAUGUUUGUUAAGGAUAGCAAUAACCCAUAGAAACUAAUAUGUUUGCAUUAAAACAGGUGAUCAGUAAAUGCUACCUGCUGAUUGGUUGCUAUGGGUUACGGCUCCUGGACAAACUUAGUGCCAUUUAUUACAUAACCCCACUUGUUUCUAAAUACUGAAACAUGUUGAAUCAAAUGUCUACAACUGUGUUGCUGCCCAUUCAACCAUAGUCUAGGACUGUGCAGGAACUGAGUUACUUUAUUUCUGUUAAAUGUUUUUCCUUGCAGUGCAAAAACAUUGUAAAUAAUGCCCUCUCAUUGAGUAGAACCCAGCCUUAAUUCUGUUACAAAUCAUAGCCUACAUAUCAUAUGUUCUUCCUUCAUUAUGUUAAAAGAAAAAAAAAAGUUUGUGCAGAUUGUGAUAGAUGGGUUUAGGCAAACGUCAGUGCUCCGACUGCUGUGCCAUUGCAGCUCAGAGAAUCUGAAGUAGAGCUGGUGAGCAGUGCCAGAAGUUCUGGCUUAUAAUACCAGGAGUGCAAGUUAGCUAUAUUCAGUGCUAUAUUAUUCUUGUUAAAUGAUUUGCAGUUUUAUUUCUCCACACUAAAACAUUAAUCAUUGAGCAUCUGAAAAAGGAAAAAAAAAAUCAGACAUACGUGUAUUUUUCUGGUGUAGACAUAAAUCAUUAAAAGACAGCUGAUAACUGAGCACGGCUUUUAAUGUUUUAUAUGUAGAUAUUUGUAAGAAACUUACUUUUCCUUAAAGAAAGGCUGUGUAUAUCUUGUAUUUAUAAUUGUAACAAGAUUCUUGACUGAAAAUAUACUGCUUUUAUAUAAAGGAUUAUCUAUGACAGAAAAGGAUUUUCUUUUCUUAAUAUAUAUAUUUUGAAAUGUUAUACCCUCAACAGAGAUAACAUACAUUUUGUAAUAUGCAUCUGGUUUUUAUGUUAACAGACUUCAUAAAGCAUAAUAAAUGGACAAAUUAUA